AUGGAUGGGGUCAACCUCCGAACUCAGAAGCGCCUGGCCUCGUCGGUCAUCGGCUGUGGCAAGCGCAAGAUCUGGCUCGACCCCAACGAGCAGAACGAGAUCUCCAACGCCAACUCCCGCCAGACCAUCCGCAAGUUGGUCUCCGAUGGCCUGAUCAUCCGCAAGCCCAUCACCCAGCACUCGCGCUCCCGUGCCCGUGAGCUCAACCUCGCCCGCCGCGAAGGCCGCCACCGUGGCUACGGUAAGCGCAAGGGUACUGCCGACGCCCGUAUGCCCAGCCAGGUCCUGUGGAUGCGCCGUCUCCGUGUCCUCCGCCGUCUUCUCGUCAAGUACCGUGCCUCUGGAAAGAUCGACAAGCACCUCUACCACGAGCUCUACCACCUGAGCAAGGGUAACACCUUCAAGCACAAGCGCGCGCUUGUUGAGCACAUUCACCGUGCCAAGGCUGAGAAGGCCCGUGAGCACAAGCUCCAGGAGGAGAUGGACGCCAAACGUGCGAAGAACAAGGCCGCUCGCGAGCGCAAGCAGGAGAGGGUUGCGGCGAAGAGGAACGCCUUGAUGGCCGAAGAGUAA